GGAGAUCGAAGGCCUCGUAAACCCUAGAGUGGCCCUGCAUACCUCGUCGCCCUCCUUCCUCCCUCCCAUCUACCAUUUUCGCAGCUUCGCUGUAUCUAGUUUUAUUGUUCUGAGAUCGAAGAGAGUUACGAUGAUGAUUUUUAUGAUAAAAUAUUGAUUUGCAUUUUGCAACAUGAGCUUUACAUACAUGGUUCGUAUUCACUGAGCAUCUCUCUGAUUAUCUCUACCCUGGAACUUUUAAUUUUCCGUUUUCGUGUUCUUUUCAUAAUCUCCCGAAGGACCUAUGGACGCAGCGCCAUCUUCAAUGCGUUAACGCCCAAGUUUGCCUUCGAAAACUGAAUUCAGAAUACAGAUCGCCGGUCGGAAUAAUUUCCGAUGGGUUAAUUUGCUUCGUAAGAUCUAAUUUUCUGACAUUUUAUCUUAGCAAGUUGUUUAGGCCCCAUCGAAGUCUCUGUAAUUGGCAUCUUGAACACAAGUUUUGAUGAUAGAGUAAAUCAAUUCAUUGCAAAUUUUGGACAAGUGUUCGUUCUCAUUCAUAAAUUACACCACAAGUUCAGUUUAAAAAAUUGAGGUGUUUGGAUCUUAUUCUACUACUUCAGAAGUCCGAGUCGGAGUGUGUGGGUGAUCACUUUAGAAGCUGAUUCUUUAAUUUACUUGUAGAAUCAAUGUUUUUAGAAGUGAGGAAUCAACUUCUGAAAAUUGAUUUUGAUUUCUAAUUCUGUUUGAUUUCUAAGUUCCAAACACCAAGAAUACUUUAUUUCCCAUUGCAAGUCGAUGAGGGGAAAAUGAAGAUUGUUGACACUUAUCUUUGGAAGUUUUACUCAAAGACUUGUCUUUGGAAGUUGAAACUUGUUUUGAUUUUUGAGUUUAACAACAAAGACAUCGAAGCAACAGCCCCAUUGCCAAAAGGGUUUGAAGUAAUCAACAUGAAUGUAAACAUGAAAUCAAUUUUUUUUAAAAAAAGGAUAGGAAAUACUACGUAUGAUUUUUAGUUUGCUUAUCGGCACAAAGUAUAGUUAUUUUUUGUCUGAGUUUGCUUACCGGCUCAAAGCAUAGUUAUUAUAAUAAGGCCCUUAAACACCAUAAAAAAAUAAUCAUUAAAAAAUAUUUAUACUUAAUUACUUACCUGAAAUAAUGAGAUUAUAUUUUGGAAAGGUAUGAAGUAACUUGGGGUGGGCUUGAUUCAAGCGGUUCGGUUUUCGUCUAAAACCAAAUGUCAAAUCAAAGUAAAAAGUUUGGUUCGAUUUUAUGUUCAAAAAUUUAAAAUCAUGGUUUGUUUGUUUUAGUUUAUUUCUUUUCAGUUUUGAUUUUUUCGGUUUUUACCAAAAUAUUUCAAUUUUGUUGAUUAGAAAAAGAAAAUAAUUUCAAAUAUAUAACAAAAAUAAAAGUAGUGGACACAAAUGUGACUCUUGUAACUUAAGUGAGUAUAAUUGUAUAAGUUUUUUGUAAAAAUAUUAUUAAAAUAAAACAUAUUUACAUAAAUAUGACUAUUCAUUGCUACAAUAUGGUAUUGUGGUAUUUAUACUCAAAACUUGAACAUAAAUUAAUAUGGUUUCAUUACUACUCUAGUCACUAGUCAUUUUUUUGUAAAUCAUCUUUAUUUUGAUCAUAUUUAUAUAAUUAUUUCUAAUUGUAUAUAAGUUUUAUAUCAUAGUGACUAAAACUUACAUGUAGUAACUUAUAAUCAUAUUUUUGUCCAUCUAUUUCCAUGAGUAAUAUUUUAGGAAAAAACUCAAAAGAAAAAUAGUACUACCUCCGUCCUAAAAAAUUUUGCCAUUUUCAAAACUUUGACCGGCUAUAUCUUUUUAUUGAAAAUGAUUUAAAAUAUAAAAAUUAUAUGAAAAUGUUCUUUGUUAAAAGUACUUUCAUAAAAGUAUAAAAUUUAUAACUUACAUAAUUUUAUACUAAUCAAAAUUGAGGUUCAAAUUUUUGGAAAUGACAAAGUUUUUUGGGACAGAGGUAGUAAUUGUAAAACAAAAGCAAAAAAAUAAACUAUAUCAAACUAGUAUUAAUAGUUACACAAUACAAAAACAUACAUAACUAAAAAAAAUAGAAAAAAUAAAUGCAUUUCCAAGCAAUGAAUUAAGAGUACGUGUAUACCAAUUUAAACAUUUUCUAAAUUAAUUAAAUGCGUAAGUUUAUUUGUGAAUUAUAUAUAGGUUAUUUGCAAGUUAAAAUUUUAUUAGUAAUUAACUUCUAUUUUCUUUUUUGACAAAGAUAUUUAUGCUCUAAAAAUUCACGUUUUCUGCUAUGUUGUUUAAAGUAUAGUUUAUAUUAAUACAUAUUUGUUCAAUAUAAAGAACUACUACGUAUGUGAUAACAAACAUAUAUACAUAAGAUUGAUCCAAGGAAGACCUAAGUUUCAUCCAAGGAAGACCUAAGAUAACAAUUUAUGUUCGGUUCAUCCAAGGAAGACCUAAGAUUUGCCACUUCGAUAACAUUGUCUUUAAGGUUGACCAAAACUUGGCUGGUUGGAAAAAUAAAUUUUUAACUACUGGUGGUCGUAUUACCCUCAUUAAAUUUGUGCUCACCACUUUCCCCCUGUAUCAUAUGGCCAAUGUUAUUAUCCCGAAAAUUGUUCUUCAAACUAUUGAACAAUAGUGCUUCAGAUUUUUGUGGUACAAUGCUGAUUUUAAUAAACGUCAUAUCUGGAGAAAGUGGAAUAGGAUUACUUAUCCUGUUAACAAAAAUGGUUUGGGCUUCAGGAAUAUUUUCUUUAUUAAAAAAUGCUUCUAUCUUAAGUGUUUAUGGAAAGCCGCCAAUAACACUGGUUUAUGGGGGCUUUGGUUUUCUAAGCUUAAAACCUCCGGUAAAUCUUAUAUGUGGAAAGGUUUGUCUAAGGUCAAGCAUGAUUUUGAUAGUCUUACUACUCUUGUGAUUUGUAAUGGUCAGUCUUCUUUUUGGAAUUCUAACUGGUCUGAAUUUGGCAGGCUAAAGGACCACUCCAAAAAUGAGGGGAUUUUGCACCAUCAAAUUACUGUCAAAGAAGCCUAUCACCACCUCUCCUUUUUUCAAGAGAUACAGACUAUGAUGCCUGAACACAUUCUUAAUAGCAUCAAGAAUACUAUUCAUCACUUCUCUUCUACCAAUGACACUAUGGUUUGGACCCUUACUCCUGCAGGAUCCUACUCCUUUAAGAGUGCCUAUGAGGAAAUCAGACCUAAAAGAGGUAUUCAUAAUAGCAUUCAGAACAUCUGGAAUAAAAACAUUCCUACUAAAAUGUCUUUCUUCAUGUAGAAGGUGAUAAACAACUUGCAACCUUUUCAGGAAAAAUACACCUAUUUGGCAGUCAUGGCCCCUAUAAAUGUCCCUUUUGCAAUAACUUUGAUACAAGAGACCACUGUUAUACCUCCUCUGAUUUAAGCAAGAAACUUUGGACCCAUUACAAUAACCUUCUUAAUAUCGUGAAUCAUAAUAGUGAUGUUAUCUACAUUUUUUGGAUUAUUUGUAAAAGAAGAAACAUGUACAUUUAUGACGAUACUGAUAUUUUAAUUUAUGAGGCUAUUGAUAUUAUCAAUAAGGAGAUUUGGGAUGUUAGUUGGGCCAAACCUUUUGUCACCAAAGCCACUGAUCCCCCCAUUUUAGACAUCCAGAUUAUCAAACCCAAGUUGAAAGUUCAAAAACUCACCAACCGAGUUCUUAGUUGGGCUAGACCUCCUGCCAACUUCACCAAAAUUAACAUUGUCAUCAGAACUACAAGAGAUGAGAAUAUUAUUUCUGGAAUGAUCAUUCAGGAUAGCCAGGAGCACAUGAUACAUUACCAGUUCAACAUUCAUAAUCAGUCUGACUACACUUCCAUAUUUUGUGAUAUUGUUAUCAGCAUGAAAAAUCUGUUUCAUGAUAACAGGUACACUAACAUCAUUCUUGAGAGUGACAUAUUACAGGUACUCAAGACUAUUCAAGGAACUGAAAGCCCAAGGUGGACAACAAUAGCAAACCUUCAAGCCUUUAAAGAAAUCUGUCAUUACGUUCAUUUUGACUAUUCUUACAUUAGGAAAUCUUGUGAUAGGGCGGCUUAUUUUGUUGCGGCUAACGCAAAUUUAAUUACUAAUAGCCCAAACAUUUAUACGAAAUUUCAGGGUAUUCUCAAAUUUGAUGCAAUUAGUUACCCUUAUGUUGUGUAAUGUCGGUAGGUUUUGGCGAAAUGUCCCCCCUACCAUGUACUUUUUUUCUCAUUAAAUAAACCGGUAAGGUGUUCCCCGACAAAAAAACAAACAAACAAUAUCAAUAAAAUAUCAUUGUCAUGCAACAA